AUGAGAAGUGACUUUCAGCCCUACAGCUCUGGAGCUGGCUCUGGAGGCUUGGAGAUCUGGUAUGUGGCCGCCCCCAUUGGAGAGGAUUCAGGUGACAACAUGCCUCAGUUCGUGCUGGAUUUCGGAUUUUACGCAGAUUAUGGCUAUGGAGUCGCCUUCGACCAAGGGGAGGUGCGCGUCUAUGCCAUAGAUACGAGUCUGCUGACUACGGGAGCCAUCUUGCAGGACAACUUCUUGCACUUGUACCGCGUGCAGUUCGCCCUCGGGAGCCACAUUGCCAUUUACCGCGAUGGGGAGAAGCUUGCAGAAGUUUCCUGGGCAGUCAGCUCUUUGGAUGCAGCCAACAUCAAGGAAGACAAAUUGAGGCUGGGUGGCCAGGCCAAAGGUGGGGGCUCCCAGGAUGCUCGAAGCUUCCGCGGUCAGCUUGGCGAGAUUCUGCUUGACGGGAUCCUCGACGAAGCGGAAGCCGACUCAUUGAGAGCAUCUUUAGAAGACAAGUGGCUGUUCAGCAAGAGCAUCUGCGGGCAAAUUCUCCCAGUCAUGUGGCUCAAGGCGGACGAGCAGACUGUUGGACAAGUGACUAGGUGGACGGACAGCUACGACACUCAGCUUGUUCUGCAGACGUCGUCACCACUUCAGGAGGCACCGACCGUGGCAGUUGUGGACAGCCCAACUUCUAUCCGACUUGCCAAGUUUGGGACGAGCGCUCGUUCGCCGCUUGGGUAUUUGGUCGGCAGCUCGGUCUAUCCCGACCGGCUGUUGAACAGCGCUGCUGUGGAAGCCUGGAUUGUCACGAGUAUAGACGAUUCAGCGACGAUGCCAGAAGUCAUCACGUCUCUCGGAUCGGUGGCCGGUUUUCGAUGUCUCUGGACACCUGGGAAGGCAAACCUUCUCUCUCGGCCGCUGUUGGGAGCGUGGCACAUCUUGAGGCGCCUGGCAAGACGGCGUCGGUCAGCUUGGCAACGGUCCCCAAUUUCACCACGACCAACGCCGAUGAAGAGAAGGGCUUCAUGUUAG